GUGUGGGGGACCUGGGAGCGGGGUAAACGGAGCUCUCGGCGCUCUGAGCGUUUCGCUCUCCCCGAAAAUCCUUGCAAGGAGUUGUUGUGCGCCCACACAAACAAGACCUUCUCAAGCAUCCCGGGCACGUAGUAGUUCGUGUGGGGGUGGUGGAGAGAAUGCCAACAUUUUGUAGGUGAAAAUUCUGCUCCUGAAGGGAUUCCCGCUGAGAGUGCUGGGGGAGGCGGGGCAAGGGGACGAAACGAGGACGCCCAGGAGAGUGCCACGCUCUGGGAGCCGAUCCAGCUUGGGUGCUCCGGGUUGGGUGGCGGAGGAGGUGGGGCCAGGGCGGCGCGCAGAAAUAGGGCUUCGGGCGGCGGAGCGCCGCCAUCCACCAGUACAGUCUCCUGCCCGGAGCCAGUUCCCACGGAGGCUGGGGUGGUGCAGUGCGGGACGCUCGCAGGGAUCCUUACUCCCCAAGGGCCUCGAGGUGAGUGCCGGGAGGCGGCGGCGCUGAUUCUGCCGGGCCGGGCUCCGCGCCUCGGCUCCAGGAGCUGCCAACCGAGUGCCCGGGGACAGGGACAGCCGUCGCACUCGGACCUCCGCCGGGACCCCUUCCGAAAGGGUGCGCGCAGCCAUGGAGGGCGCAGAGCUGGUGGGGAAGAUGCUUUUCACCUGGCUGACGCUGGUGCUCGGCCUCAUCCUCCUGCCUUCGGCCUUCGGGGUGUCUCUGGGCAUCUCCGAGAUGUACAUGAAGAUCCUGGUGAAAACGUUAGAGUGGGCCACGUUACGAAUUGAAAAAGGAGUCCCAAAGGAGUCAGUUCUUAAAAACUCAGCUUCUGUUGGUAUUAUCCAAAGAGACAAGUCACCAAUGGAAAAAGGGCUCUCUGGUCUCCGAGGAAGGGACUUUGAGCUGUCUGAUGCAUUUUAUUUCUCCAAGAAGGGAUUGGAAGCCAUUGUGGAAGAUGAAGUGACCCAGAGGUUCUCCUCAGAGGAGCUAGUGUCAUGGAAUCUCCUCACAAGGACCAAUAUAAAUUUCCAGUACAUCAGUCUGCGGCUCACCAUGGUGUGGGUGCUGGGCGUCAUAAUACGCUACUGUGUCCUAUUGCCUCUGAGGGUUACCUUGGCUUUCAUUGGGAUCAGCUUGUUGGUUAUUGGAACGACACUGGUUGGGCAGCUUCCAGACAGCAGUUUAAAAAACUGGCUAAGUGAGCUGGUCCACCUGACCUGCUGCCGGAUCUGUGUGCGCGCCCUCUCUGGGACCAUUCAUUAUCACAACAGGCAGUACAAACCCCAGAAGGGAGGCAUUUGUGUUGCCAACCAUACCUCCCCAAUAGAUGUUUUGAUCUUAACAACAGAUGGAUGCUAUGCUAUGGUUGGGCAGGUUCAUGGUGGAUUGAUGGGAAUUAUUCAGAGAGCUAUGGUUAAGGCUUGCCCACAUGUCUGGUUUGAACGCUCAGAAAUGAAGGAUCGACACCUGGUUACUAAGAGACUACGAGAACACAUUGCUGAUAAGAAAAAAUUACCCAUAUUAAUCUUUCCUGAAGGAACUUGUAUCAAUAAUACUUCAGUCAUGAUGUUUAAAAAGGGAAGCUUUGAAAUUGGAGGAACCAUAUAUCCAGUUGCAAUUAAGUAUAACCCUCAGUUUGGUGAUGCCUUUUGGAACAGUAGUAAAUACAACAUGGUGAGCUACCUGCUUCGAAUGAUGACCAGCUGGGCCAUCGUCUGUGAUGUGUGGUACUUGCCUCCCAUGACGAGAGAGGAAGGAGAAGAUGCAGUCCAGUUUGCUAACAGGGUUAAGUCUGCUAUUGCUAGACAAGGAGGAUUGACUGAGCUUCCCUGGGAUGGUGGGUUGAAGAGAGAUAAGGUGAAGAACACUUUUAAGGAAGAGCAGCAGAAGAACUACAGCAAGAUGAUUGUUGGCAAUGGAUCUCUCAACUCUGAAUCGGACUGACUGCCACCCUGGAGAUAAAGCUUGGCUUCCCAGACUAGCCCUUAGAAUGGGAGUGUGUGUGUGUGUGUGUGUGUGUGUGUGUGUGCGUGUGUAUUUUGGGGGGAAUUGUUUUGUUUUAUUGUUUGUUUUUUUAUUGUAAAUAUUUUCUACUGGAUGAUUGUCUCUACCUUUUUAUGCCAGAGGCAGAACCCUUUGGUGUCCUUUUGUUGUUGUUGGAGCAUUAGCCUCCUGGAUGGUAGUUGACUGAGUUUAAACAGAUUCUGCCUUCUGUACGAUGAUUCUGUCAUUGAAUGAAUACUUCUACAGGAAAAAGUACUUGAAAAACAUUUUUGGAACUCUUUGUGUUUGGAGUCAUUGAUACGGUCAUUCUCAAAAAGUAUCCCAAACUCUUUUUUUCCUGAUUAGCUUUCUCAUGCCAUUUUUAAACUCUUCCUUCAGACUCUUAAACAGUGGGGUGAGGUUAGCAUCAUGGCUAUGCUCUCCUGCAAGCCUGAAAAGAAAAAUGGAGGUCAGUAUUUAGGAGAAAGGACAACUCCAUGUCAUCUGACCUGAAAGCCGAAUGACAAUGUUAAUAUUUUUUACUAGUGUGUUUGGAGAGAAAUACCAGAUGGUGAGUUUUACCAAAGAGAAGUGAGUCCAAGUUACUGUGUGAGUGGGUUUAUAUGUAGACACGUUGCCAAUAAAUACAUUUAGCUAGAAACUGGUGAUAAUGUUUUUAGUUUUCCUGGUUUGUAUGCUAAAGAUAUGCAACUAGCACCUCUCCCAUCUACUAUAACCAAACACAUUUCAAAUAGGAGGAUCCUUUUAUAAUAACAACAAAAAUCA